CGGACACUACGGAAGCUCCGUUGGUCCAGAAACGCCAGAACCAACUCACUCAGCUCUGAGUGCGGUACAGUCAUAAGGAAACUGUGCAAUCUGCUGCGACGUCCCGUUCUUUAACUCAGCAUUGGACGGCAACUGAACUGGAUGACCAUGAGAGUUUUAAUAGGAGGGGGAUCUGGCUUUGUGGGCCGUGAGCUGACUCGCCAGCUCAGACAAAAAGGUCAUGAGGUGACAGUGAUAUCCCGACAGCCUGGUCCAGGGAAGAUAACAUGGGGUGAGUUGGAGUCUAGUGGCCUUCCACCGUGUGAUGGUGCUGUCAACUUAGCUGGCGAGAAUCUGAUGAACCCGCUACGAUGGUGGAAUGAAAGUUACAAAAAGGAUUUGUUCUCCAGCCGAAUUGACACUACAAAAUCCCUGGCUCAAGCCAUUGCUGCUUCCCCCAGUCCUCCUCGCUCCUGGGUCCUGGUCUCAGGCGUAGCUUGUUACAAGCCCAGCCUUACUGCUCAGUACACAGAAGACAGUGAGUGGACACCAUUUGACCUCCUUUCCAAACUUGUGAAAGAGUGGGAGGCUUCUGCACUUCUUCCUGAAAAUGUGGCAAAAACCACUAAACAAGUCGUCAUCAGGCCUGGGGCAGUAUUGGGCCGCGAUGGUGGUGCCAUGAAGCAAAUGCUGCUCCCCUUCUGGCUCGGCCUCGGGGGCACCUUGGGGUCGGGACGUCAGCCAUUUCCCUGGAUCCACGUCUCAGACCUGGCAGGAAUCAUCGCCCACGCUCUGGAGCCCCCCGCUGACAUCGACACUCCCUCCCCUUCACUGCAGGUGUUCAACGGAGUCGCACCCGCGCUGAACACCAACUACGAGUUCACUAAAGAACUUGGCCGUGUCAUGAGGAGACCCACCAUUUUUCCUGUGCCUGGCUUCGUCAUGAACGGCCUAAUGGGCUCUGAGAGGGCCAUCGUCCUCACGCAGGGCCAGAAAGUCAUACCAAAGAGGACUCAAGAGGCUGGAUUUCAGUAUAAGUACCCGGACUUGAACUCAGCACUGAAAGAGAUUGUUGGGAGUUAACUGUUUUUGAUCUAAUGUGUGCUGACGUUUCUGUAAUUGUGUCUUCAUAUUUACUGUAUUACAAGAAUGGAAACAAAUAUGACAACUCAUAUCAAUACUUGGAACAAGAAAUCAGGAUGCAAAAAGAUAUUCUGUAGAUCUGAGGACUGUUUAGGAAGUGCUUUUCACAUCACAGAAGACGAGUUUAUGAAUCAAGUUUUAAAACAUGCAGAUUUCGGAGAGUUUGUUCACACUGUUAUUGAAGUAGAUCUGAGACAUUAUGGACAUGCACACAGGUGUUAUGGAAUCCAUGCGCACAUUAAGGGCAUGUUGGGAUCAUCUGAGUGAUCCAGGUGGGUUGCUCAGCAUUACAAGUUUGUCAGAGAGACAAACGUCAAAGAAAUGAGAUGAAGUUUUGAAAUCCUGCAGCAGCAGUCUGUCUCUCCAGCUGUACCGAAGACCACAGAUGACCUAAUUAAUUUUCCUGUUCCGUAGCCACGAUUAUUUGACAAGUUGAUAAAGCACAAAUGUCACAACAUUAUCUGGUUCCAGCUACCUAAAUCUGAGGAUUAGCUGCUUUUCGUUGUCAUUUAUGACUGAGUGUUUUGGACUGUUGGUUGGACAAAAGAAACAAUUUGAAGAUUUAAUUUUGAGCUCUGACAAAUAGUGAUGAACAUUUCCUCACAUUUUCUUUUGACAAUUUAUAGACAUGAACUAUGAAUUGAUCAAUUUUGAAAAUAAUGCACAGAUUAAUGGAUGAACAUGUUAAUUGCAGCCCUGUUCAGCUGAAUUUUUUUUUCUCAUCAUACACAUAAAGGACUUCAAUGCUGGGUUUGAACUGCAGUGUGUUAAAUCUGGGCAGGCUGCAACUAACUAUUGUUUUCAAUAUAGAUUUAUCAGAUGAUUAUUUUAUUGUUUAAUUGUUAAGUCUAUAAAACAUCAGAGAACAGUAAUGUAGUAGGUAAAGGCGAUGACAUCAAAUGUCUUUUUUAAGGAAUUCUGACAUUCAUUUUAAGAAUCAUCAAAUAUAUGGUACUUGGUACUUGAAA